AUGGUCACUGUCGCCAUAUUCAAAAAUGUUUGGGCCCCCUUUGCAUCUCGCAUAGAUUAUGAGGUCACAAAGUGGGCAAAACUUCGUGGUUCUGGCUCAACUGCUUUUUCAGAGCUUCUCGCAAUCAAUGGUUUAUCAUGUAGACGACUAUAUUUCAAACAUGAAGAAAUUAUUGUUGCUGAUGAGGCAUUUGAUGUUUACUCACGCGACAUCAUGGAGUGUGUCAAAGCUCUUUAUUCAGAUCCCGAAUUCUCGCACCAUCUCAACUAUGCUCCUGAACACCAUUAUGCUGAUAGCAAGUGGUGGUGGUCUACUCAGAAAGAACUCAAAACCAAGAAACCUGGAGCCACAGUCAUACCCAUCAUCCUUUCAUCCAACAAGAUGCAGGUCACCAUGUUUAGAAACAAAUCUGCCUAUCCUGUCUACAUGACAAUAGGCAAUAUUCCAAAGGAGAUCUCGUGGAUCCUGCUUGCCUAUCUACCAACCUCAAAACUCAAUCAUAUCACAAACAAGGCUGCUAGGCGUCGAACAGCAACUAAUUUGUUUCACGCUUGUUUGCGUCACAUUCUGGAGCCUCUGAAAGUCCCUGGCAAGGAUGGUGUUCUGUUGACUACAGGGAUAAAGUCAGGAGAGUGCCCAAAGUGUGAUGUUCUGCACAAGGAGUUGGGAAGUCCAGAUUUUUCUGAGUGUGGCAUUAAGCCCAUCUUCAAACCAUUCUGGCUGGAUCUCCUGCACGCUAACAUAUUCCAAUCCAUCCUCUACCAGGGUAUCAUAAAGCACCUCAUCAAGUGGAUCAAGGAGACAUGUAGUGAAGCUGAGAUUGAUGCUUGUUGUCAUAGGCUUCCCCCAAACCACAACAUCUGCUUGUUUCUGAAAGGAAUCAGUAAACUCUCGCACAUUAGUGGAACAGAGCAUAACCAAAUCUGUCGCUUCCUGCUCGGUAUUGUCAUUGACAUACAGUUGCCUGAAAAUCUCAAUAAUGCUUGCCUUACUCGUGCCAUUUGUGCCAUCCUUGAUUUCCUUUACCUCGCACAAUACCCUUCUCACACAGAUCAAACUCUAGUACUGCUUGACAAUGCCUUGACGUGCUUUCACGAUAACAAGGACAUCUUCCUUGAUCUUGGGAUCCGAUCAAAUUUCAACCUCCCGAAACUUCACUCCUUCCAUCACUAUGUACAUAUGAUCAAAAUGUAUGGCACAACUGACAACUACAACACUGAGUACACCGAACAUUUACACAUUGACCUCACGAAAGAUGCUUACAGGGCUACAAACCAUAAGGACGAGUAUAGUCAAAUGACUCUCUGGCUCGAAAGACAUGAGAAGAUGUUGUGGCAUGAUAACUUCGUUCAGUGGCGUCUUGUUGGUGAUCUUGCCUUGCAAGAAAGGUCACCACCAGACAUGGAUUAUCGUUGGGCAAUCAAGAUGACAAAACACCCGACUGUCAAACAUGUUUCAUUAGAUUGCAUUGUACAGGACUAUGGUGCCACUUUUUUUACAGCAGCAUUGGCUCGUUACAUGGUUGGCAGAAAUCAACCUGGUUUAUCCAUGGCACAACUGGAACGAGAGGCCGCUCAUAUCAUUCUUCCCUUUGACACUGUGGCUACCUUCCACAGGAUCAAAUUUCAUGCAAUUGAUGCUUGUGGGUUCUGGGACUCGAGUGACAAGAGAGGGCACACAAUCCCUGCACGCUUUGAUACUGUUUUGGUCAACAAAGGGGAUGGUGGGAUAAUGGGUGUGGAUGGAUACAGUGUUGCACAAGUUCGUGUCAUCUUCACGCUAACAAGUCAAGCUAUGAAUGUGUUAUUCCCCACUGGACCUGUAAAACCACCCACCCACCUUGCUUAUGUGGAAUGGUUCAUGCCUUUCUGGCAACCUGAAUCACACCAUGGGCUGUACAAAAUCAGCCAUUUGAUGUGUCAUGGAGAGUGUCUUGCAAGUAUUAUUGACAUAUCAGACAUCUGCAGGAGUGUUCAUCUUUUUCCAAAUUUCAGCACAGUAGUACCUCGUGAAUGGACAAGCAGUACCAUUCUGGAGCUCUGUUCCAGCUUCUUUGUAAACUCAUUCAGUGACUGA